CAAAUCUUUCGAUUUUUUGCUAAGAAAACCAGAAUUUUUCUAUAAAUUUCAAAAUUUGAGAUUUUUCGUCCGCCAUUAAUGGCAUAACCCGCUGUCCCGUUCAGUUUCUUGCACCGUGGAUGCAUGUUGUUAUGGCAACAGUGAUGACAACAAAAACAUUGAGUGUUGCAAAUUAUAAAUAAAAUGUCAUCAAAACAAAAUAUAUCGUUUAUUUCGUGAAUUUGUGCUGUAAAGUGUGUGUUUUUUGUGGAUUUAUUAAGCCAUGACCCGUGUUUCUGAUGGUAAGAGUUAAGAAUUUAACUGAUUUGUUAUUUUUUCUUGGUUUAAAUCAUUAAAUGCGCUCAAUUCGUUCUGAUUUCGCAGUUAUAUUCAAAUUAUUAAAUUAAAAGUAUUGAUUUAACCUUGGUUUUAAUACGCAAUCAUCAUAUAAGUUUCUGUGAUCACAGUAGAAAUUUUGCAUAUAGGUAAAUUCUAGGUUUUGUAAGAAGUGUUUGAGGGAAUUGACUUAGUGUUUUGAGAAACUGACUCAGUCUUCAACACUAAAUCAGUUCUGGCCCUUCAAAAUUCUACAAAACAUAGAAUUUAUCUAUGCAAAAUUCUUAUUAUAGUCACAGAAGCUUUGAUUAGCCAGUGUGCUAAAGGCCCAUCUACACGAUACGACUAGUCGUAUACGAUUCGUAUCCUGGCAUAUGAAAACGAUUGUUGACGCUAUACUAUUCCUGUUCAUCAGUUUAUGGCGAAGUUUGAAAUGUGACAUUUUUACACACAUUUAUUCGAAUACAUAGAUGGACCUUAAGAGAGGUCAUCACAAAGCAUUCAAAAUGGCUAGUUUGGCUUUUGUGUUCGAACACAGAGUGGAUUAAUUAGAUACAGAAUUUUGAUUCACCCAAAAACCUGUAACCGUGGCCAUGUCGUGAUUUGCAAUUAAAAUGCUCAACCACUAUAUUCCUAGCCAGCGCACUUACAAGAGGCACUUGCAGCUUAAAAGCUAAGCCAGCCAUUUUGAAGCUCAUUGGUUAGGAACAUGUUUAUUAAGCUUUGUGAUUGUGAACCAUGGCUUGGUACUGGUUACGUGUUUUUGGCCAGACCUCAAUUUGUAUCUAAUCUAUUCUCUGACAGUGCACUCGCUGACAGAGUCAAAAUCUUCUGGAAUUAAGCAGAGUAAAAUAACAAAGAGAAACACAUUAGAGUGCUCUUAAAUUUAAAGGUUGUGUGGCUAAUAGGCAGAAAGUCAUAUUAUAUCCAUUCACACAUAACUCUUUUUCAUGACUAAAAUUGUCUAGCAUUUGACAGAGUACAAUGAAUAAAUCACACUUAAAAGGAUAAAUAGAGUUUAGUCUAAUGGUGCGGCUUUCUUGCAGAAAAAUGCUCAGUAGCAUUUGGCACAACACUCGACCGUGAACUGCUUCCACUAAAGGUUCCCCCCACGAGGUUUGGUAACCAAUUGAGAAUACCAAGAGCACCGAACCUUGGACCUGGUCGUUAUAAUAACGAUGAGGUAUGAAGCAAAAUUUUGUAUAUUUUCUAUAUGUAUUGUAUUCCACUAGGCUCUCUAGGAAGAAAAGUUUAGAACUGAUAGAGGUAUCCAGCAUCAAUAAAGUUAGUUUAUUUUAGGUUUCCUCCUGUAGUAACACUUCAUGGAUCAAUAAGACAUGAUCCUUACUGGACGUCUAGUUUAGAACUGAUGGAGCUAUCCAGUAUAAAUAAAGUUUAGUUUAGGUUUCUUCCUAUAGUAAUACUGGAUCAAUAAGAGAUGAUCUUUACUGGACCUCUAGGAAGAACAGUUUAGAACUGGUAGAGCUAUCCAGUAUAAAUAAAGUUAGUUUAGUUUAGGUUUCCUCUUGUAGUAACACUGGAUCAAUAAGAGAUGAUCCUUACUGGACCUCUAGGGAGAACAGUUUAGAACUGACAGAGCUAUCCAGUAUAAAUAAAGUUAGUUUAGUUUAGGUUUCCUCUUGUAGUAACACUGGAUCAAUAAGAGAUGAUCCUUACUGGACCUCUAGGGAGAACAGUUUAGAACUGAUAUGUAGCUAUCCAGUAUAAAAUGAAUCGGGGAGUUGAAUCUUGGCUCCGAAGCUGUUAUCCUGUAACUGCUGAUGAACUGAUUUUUGGUUGCUUGCAGAAUUGAUUCGGUCAUUUAAUCUUUAAAUUCUACCAUGAAGAUUUUAAUUCAUGAUAAUAAAUACAUUCUUGUCUGCUAAAUGUAGGUGAGUACAUUCACAUACGAACUAGAACAUCGACCAGGAUGUAACAAAGGCUAUUCCCUCGGAGCAAGAACUGCGAACAGAUUUGAUAAACCAUUACACGUAAGUAUUUUAGUCUUAACCAUUUCGUAGCUUUGUAUGGCAUGAUAUAAUGUUGAUUCAAGUCUGAGGUUUAAAGUCUGAUAUCGUCUGCACAUAGCAAGUUGUUAACAAGUUGAUGGCAACAAGCUCGUAGCAACUUGUUACGAACAGCCUGUAUUAGUCUUGUUGGAACAACUUGUAGCAAGUCUGCUACCGUCAUCAACCUUGUAACAAGAUGAUAAAAACUUGUUCCAGACUUGUCACAACAACUGGGAACAAGCAGUGCGAACACAUCCUGAUAUCGGCUUCACAACAACCUUGUUACGACUUGUUCGCAGAUCUCUAACAACUUGCGCGGUAUUACGUGUGUAUUUGCACGAGAUGCGCAAAAAAGAUAUGGAUUCCGAAGACUUUGAAUUCUGACAGUGUAAUAAAAUGGAAUAUUUCUUCAUUAUUAUUUAGCUGGAUACGCCGGGACCUCCGACACAUCAGGAAAUUAACGGUAAACCCAGGGAAUUCUCGCCCGCAUUUCGACCAUUCCAAACAGGCGCGUCCCGUUUGCCACCAGUAAAUAAAAAUGUAAGUAUAUGUACUAUGUACGAUAGAUAUAUGAUAGAACUCCGCGCGCUAACUCGAACUAAAUCAAUUUCAUUUUCUCUUCGUCAAAUUUACCCAUCAAUUUACCCUCGAGUUGUAUUUUUGAGAUGUGGGUCGGCAAAGCUCAAAAUCUCAGAACAUACUAGCACAUUGACAAGUCGGUAGCUUGGAUUUCUAUAUUUAGACCGUAUACAAUAGACAAUUCCCAUUAUAUGUAGACUAAUUUUAAAACUAGGCAAGGAGAUGCAAAUAAAUCACCACAGCUAGAAAGAGCAUACUUGAAUGAGUAAAAUUACAAAGUUUGGUUGGGAAAUGUUGUAAAAUGCGGAAAAUAUAGCCUUGCAAAGUCCGUUGCAAAUUUUGUAUACUUUUGUAUUGCGUGCGGAAAUUGCUACCAUUUUCGGACCAAAUCGAAGCGAAGUCUAGUCUACUGUACAUUCUGACAAAUUACCAUGCAUGCAGAAAGUGUGUAAAACGCGAAAAAAUGUUUGCUGUUUGAUUUAAGAAUGUGUCUUUUUAUCUUUCAGUCACAAGAACAUGGCUUGCCAGGGUAAGUUUCAGAAAAUGAGAAGCGAAAAUAAACGACGCGGCCGGCUCGACGACGCGCUUUCAAAACAAAGAGAUAUGGUGUUUCCACAAACAAUAGUAUUAUGUGUUUUAUUGCCAUGCAAAACUACAAAGAACUUACAAAGAAAUUUGUCAUGCAAGACAAAAACUGUCAAUAAUUUGUGGCCCCAUGAGUAUUGUCAACCGCGUUGUCAUUCUCAACACAACGUUAAAAAAGAUUAUUACGUCUUUCAGGCAACGCGAAAGCUUAAUGCGACACAAGAGGUGUUACUAAAAUUCGAAAUUACAGCAAACAUUGCAUCGCUUUAGCCGAACGUAGCAUUUUGUAAGGUUAUUUGAAAGAGUCAAAUAUUUAUUACAGUAAUCGAAUUGUUUAGCGCUCAUUCUUGAGCUAAAAUUUAGACCGCGUCAUUGAGCCGGCCGCGUCGCAGAUCGUAAACUCCCUAAUAAGUCGCGAACGACUUGCACGAAACGGUCAAUUUAAUCGCAAGCCGUCGCUAAAAUAAGCCCAGGUAACCAGGUUGCAAGCUUGCCUCAGAUAUAAGCCACGGUUUAUUGCAAUUUGACUGUUUAGAAAUAAGUUCGCUGACUUGUUUAAGCUGCGGCUUAGUUUUUCAUAUAAACUCACCACUUUCCCCCUUCCUUGAGAUCUUUUUGCACCUCCCCUUGGGAAAGUUUUAAUGAUAGAUGAAAGUGAAAAUUUGACAUUUUUGGUUGCUUAUCUAAGGUCUACACUUCGUAAGAAAGUUUUUCUGUAAAAUUGAAGCAGUGAUAGCCAUACAUCUCUGUGUCAAGUACCCUUUUAAUGCAAUGUUUUGAAAGAAACUUUAUAGCAAUUGUAACGAAAGGCAAAAUUGGAUGAGUUGUACAGUCAUAAUUCAUGAAUACACUGAUACAUUAUGUAUGACACUACAUACAUACGUCACGUCGUUGAACUAGACUGCUGCACCUCCCCUAAUUUUUUCUCCACCCGAGGUCAAAGGAUUGCCGCUCCAUCGAUCUUUGCUAUGCUGAUAUACUAAGCCAAAACAAUCAUUGACUGGAAGGCAUGGAAAAUUAAGAUAUGGGAUUUUCAAAACAAUGAAAAGGCAUUGAUACGUAGAACUUUCAAUAAAAAUAUUCUUAAUUUUUAGGCCAGGCACAUACGAACACAAAGUCUCACAAAAUAGAAAAGUGAAAUAUCUUGGUUCGUUUGGUGGACCCCAAACCUUAGUGACAUCAAUACGAAUGAAGUGCACUGGAAAUGGCGAGAAAGAUACGGUAAGAAAAUACCAUAGUUAAUAGAGGAGAUGGUUUGGAAACUCGUUAGCAUUACAAUAUAAAACCUCACUAUCUAUGUUUUUGUUCAGGUUUAUGCAAAAAUGUGGUCUUUCAUCGUCACGUGCGUAUUGUAUUUUGGCUCUGCAACCAGCCAAUAGCAACGGUUUUGUCCAAUUGCCCAUCCAUGACUUUAACAAUAGGACAUUUUGAACAUUCCCAUUGGUUGACUUGAGAAAAAUACAAUACGCACGUGACGAUGAAAGACCACAUUUUUGCAUAAACUAAACAACAUAGAUAAUGAGGUUUAUUGUGAUUUUAUUGUAAUGCUAACGAGUAUAAAUAAAGUUAGUUUAGUUUAGGUUUCCUUCUGUAGUAACACUGGAUCAAUACGAGAUGAUCCGUACUGGACCUCUAGAAAGAACAGUUUAGAACUGAUAGAACUAUCCAGUAUAAAUAAAGUUAGUUUAGUGUAGGUUUCCUCCUGUAGUAUAAACACUGGAUCAAUAAGAGAUGAUCCUUACUGGACAUCUAGGAAGAACAGUUUAGAACUGAUAGAGCUAUCCAGUAUAAAUAAAGUUAGCUUAGUGUAGGUUUCCUCCUAUAGUAACACUGGAUCAAUAAGAGAUGAUCCUUACUGGACAUCUAGGAAGAACAGUUUAGAACUGAUAGAGCUAUCCAGUAUAAAUAAAGUUAGUUUAGCUGAAGACAAUAUUGAAUUAGGCAAUAUUUUUUCUUCAGUGUUGUUCGUGUUACGAAGAACCGAAUGGCGAUUAUUAUGAGUACAAAAAGAAAGCGCUAUGUCGCCCUUGCUACAAUAAAAACAUGAAAACAGAAACCAAAUUUAGCAGAAGGUAAGAAUUAAAGAAAUAAUUUUAUCACGUAAUAUAUGAAGAACGAGAGCGAGUGUUCAACGGGAUAUCCAAACACGAGAAAACAAUGUAUGAAACUCGAGCGCGUCUUUUCAUACAUUGUUUUCGAGUGAUUGCGCAUGGAUGUCCCGAGCUCGAGUUGUUCAUACGACUUCUCAAAUGAAUCAUAGUUAAUAGAGGAGAUGGUUUGGAAACUCGUUAGCAUUACAAUAAAAUCACAAUAAACCUCAUUUAUCUAUGGUGUUUAGGUUUAUACAAUACGCACGUGACGACGAAAGACCACAUUUUUGCAUAAACCUGAACAAAAACAUAGAUAGUGAUUAAACCUCGAGGUUUAUUGUAAUGCUAACGAGUUUCCAAACCAUCUCCUCUAUUAAGGGGCAGAUUACAUGGAGCAUUUUCAACCCCGGGGUUGAACUCAGCCCUAUUUAGCGGGUUGAAAUUUCAGCCUUGUCUGUAAUACAAAACUCUAUCAAAAUCAAACGCGCGAUUACAUGACAAAAUUUUCAACCCAGGGCUGAGUUCAACCCCGGGUUGAAAUUUCAACCCUGCUUCAGCUAGCAGGGUUGAAAUUUCAACCCCGGGGUUGAACUCAGCCCUGGGUUGAAAAUUUUGUCAUGUAAUCGUUUCAACCCUGGGCUGAAAUUAUCAUGAGUUAUUCGAGCAUGCGUGGUAGUGAUUAUUUAUUACAAGAAAACAAAAUAUAGGCUUUUUUACUUCCGGAAAUCGAUGCCGAGAACGUAUAUAUAGUAUAGCGUUUCAACCCCGGGGUUGAAAUCGCCCAUGUAAUCGCAAAAGAUUUCAACCCGGUUAACAGGGCUGAGUUCAACCCCGGGGUUGAAAUCGCCCAUGUAAUCGCAAAAGAUUUCAACCCGGUUAACAGGGCUGAGUUCAACCCCGGGGUUGAAAGUUCUCCAUGUAAUCGGCCCCUAAGCCUGUUUUCCACCAGGCGGAAUUUUGCGCGCGGAGCGGAACCCCUAAGCCUGUUUUCCACCAGGCGGAAUUUUGCGCGCGGAGCGGAAUUUUUCUUUGUCUUGUGAUUUCUCGGGUGGAACUAAUUAGAAAAGACAAAGAAAAAUUCCGCUCCGCGCGCAAAAUUCCUCCUAGUGGAAAACAGGCUUGAACUAUGGUUUCAUCAACCGGAUUAUCCAAAUGACAUUUUGUGAUCAAAUAGGUGAUUAUCAUUGGCUGAAUUGCUCAUGAAUUACUAAUGAUUUGAGAAGUAUUUAGAAGCACCUAUAAUAUUCAGCUGAUGGAGUUUUGUUCAUUUAUCGAAAUUUGUACAAAUUUUUCAAACCCUUUUUGUGGACUUUUUAUAAUUCCCAAAUAAUCUUUUAGACAGUUUGUUUAUUUUAUAAAAAUCUUGCCCUAACUAAUGGUACGAGAUAUACUUUAGAUGCUGUGUGCUGAUUACCUCAGAUAAUAUAGCCGACGGAGACUGUCUAUAGGCAUAGCUAUAUAUAGAAUAUAUUUGAGUCAAGUUUCCCUUGACAAGUUUACCUUCUCGUGUUUAUACAGUCGACAAGUUUCCUAGCUUGACAAAUUUUGUCGCUCUUAGUCUUGUGCAUGGAAUGUUGUUAAACAGUUAUCUCACGUCAAGACCGCAUUUCGUUUCCCAAAACCAUAGAAAUAUUUCUUGUAGAUUUGUCAAUUUUUCAUUGGCGGCCGUAGACACGAACAAAUCUUCCUUGUCCAAAAGCUGACAUGACUAGCGUUGGAACAAGUCUCUUUGACAGGAAAAAUUUGUCAAUUUUUUGCCGUAUGUAUACACGCGAGCAAGUAAAACUUGUCAAGGGAAAGUUGUCAAGGAAAUAUUGUUGAUGUGUACACGGCUUUAUAUUAUAGUUCUAGUUUUUUUCCCCUCAAAAUUUAAUAAGCUUCGUUCUGUUUUUAGCGUCCUGCAUCAUUUUACAAAGGUUCGCGAUUGUAGCGGUGUCCAUAAUCACGAGGGAACGAAUGCAAAAUUACGGGUUAGUGCAUUGGAUUAUUCAAGGGCAGAUCUGCCUGCGGGGGAUAGGGGGCACCUUGUGGUAUCUAGCAACACCCCCCCCUUAGAGGAGUCUGCUUGACCAUACAUUUUCUGCUUUUCGAAUAGCGGAACUUCUAUUUUUUAUAGCGCAUGUCGAUUUCUUGAAACGCGAUUUAAUUGAGUUUGUGAGCUCACGGGAAAAUACUCAGAAUGCUUUAGUUCAAUAUCAUGGUUAAAUAUGUAAAAUGUCGAGGUUGCAUGUUAUACAGCCAUAUUUUCAAAUAUACUGUACUUUAACAAGCAAAUUUACUGUACUGUACUCAGUGGCGUAGCCAGCCCGACAAUUUAGUCCCGCUAUACAAAUUCAAAAUUAUUAUCAUUAUUCAUUUCUUUAGAAAUUGAUUGUUUUCACAGUCAAUGAACAUGAAAAUAUUUGCAUAGCGGGACCAAAUAGUCGGGCUGGCUACGCUACUGACUGUACUGUGCUACAGCAACUGUCCAGUCACGCAUACGUGAUAAAAAGCCGAUAUAAACUUUAUAAACAAAAGAUAAUGUAAAACGUAACAGAACGGCGAACAUGCAGAUUCGGCCAUCUCAAAUAAUGGUAAUGUUGGGAUAGUAGCGUUGCAGACUGCAGAGGAGAUUAGGGACCUUAGGGAGACUGCAGAGGAGAUUAGGGACCAGAGGAGAUUACUGACCAAUUCAUUUGAUCAAGUUCCUCGAGAUAUUCAUACACUUCCUGUGAAAGAGCUAAUUCCAAGUAUUUGAUCAUUUCUGGAAGGAAUGAAUUGGUCAGCCCGAGGUAAUGUAUUGAAUCAAUAUUUGAGCAACACUUCAAUUGGAACGACAGUAAGGUCCCUAAUCUCCUCUGCAAGCAUGUACGACGGCAACGCGACGACGAUAGCCAAAACAAACUUCUUCAAAUAAAUUAUUGCGAAGAAAAGUUGUUGUGUAUUAUUAUCCAAUGCAUGUAUAUAUGAAUUGAGUUCAGUUUGAAGAGAUUAAAACAAAGGCUUAAUAUGGUUAAAACGCUUCUGCGAACAAAUUUGUAGUUUCAUGAUCACUUGUGGCGUCUUGACAUGUUUGCGUUGUACACGAGACGUGAAAAUCCAGUCUGGUUUGCCGUUGUAAAAAACCCUAACACAACAUCUCUAACUCCCGUGGGGCUUUUAAUUAUUCAUUUCUUUUGUAUGAGAUCAGGAAUAUCAUUGUGUCAUUGUGUUUGCUUAAGGUCCCUAGUGGGCAGUAAGGCUCCCUCAUGCACCACCCCCAUGGAAAACCUGCACCCCUCCUUGUAGAUGAGGCUAGAUCCGCAUGGGAUAAUUUUGAGUCAUCGUGAAAAUGUCGUAGUAAUUUUAGUUGUUUUUUUUUCUCUAGUUAAUGACGGACAAAGAUCUCAAGAAGCUGCGCUACAAAGAAGCAUAUUUUAGUCUGUACUUUUAAUAUCAUCAACAUUCAUCAAUACUACAAAUUUGAGAACAAAACGAUGUGGAAUUUCUACUAAUUUUGUAAAUUAAUAAUAUGCACAUUUAUCGCGAAUGAUUAACUCUUGUCAUUUAUUAUAUCGAAUUGAUUAUUAUAUCGAAUAUCCUAGGAAAUCCCCCCCCCCCCCCCUCUUUGACCGAGGUAAUUCGUCACACUGCAAACAGAAGCGGCACUACAGGGGCUGUUUGGAUGCGGACCGAACUAUCAAAUUGACUUGUCUGAAUUAAAACCAAACGUAAAUUUAAUACCGGUACUUUAAGACGUCAAAUGAAUAUAGAUAUCUUGAAAGCGGAUAAUUUAAAAAUCCAAAACAGCCCAACAGUCUGUAUUUAAUGCAGACGUGUUGGUUUUUGACAGCGCUCAUACUGGAAACAGCUGUUUUGGGUGGUUAGAAUCAGUUUCAAUCGUUGAGGCAGUCAUUUGAAAUCUUUCCCAGAAUGGAAGAAAUUCCAUUUCAGGGACUUUAAUUUGAUGUAACGUAAAAGGUAUAAAAGCUAUCGCAAUGAAAUAAAGAUCAUUACAUUCAGAAAGGACUGAUUUAGAUUGUGAUAUAUAACACUUGAAUUUACAUGCAAUAUUGAGCGAGAGACAACAAAUAUAAAAAUAUUUAUUAUUUAAAAAGUAUAUAACUACAUCGGUAAUUAUAAGCUUGUUUUAUGCUAAUUUUUGGCAUUUUCAAAAACAGUAGUUCAACGUUCUCAAAUCAAUAGCGCAUUCAAUAUUGCAUGUGAAUUCAAGUGCUAUAUAUCAAAAUCUAAGUUAGUCCUUUGUGAAUGCAAUGACCUUUAUUUCAAUGCGAUAGCUUUUAUAGCUUUUACAUUACAUGAAAUCAAACAGUAUGCAGUUUUUUCUGGGACACCCGGUGGAUCAGGGCCUAUCGAUAAUUGGGGGGCUCAUAUUCAUAUAUUCAUGUUUACAGACUGUAAAAACAAUCGAUUUAAAAAGAAGUGAAUAAUGCAGAACACGAAUAUAUGAAUAUGAGCCCCCCCCCCCCCCCCCCCCCAAUUAUCGAUCUUCCUACGGCCCUGUGGAUUUCAAAACAGUCGAACAUAUAUGUAUAGUCGACAGAUCUGAUAGCUAUUAUUGUGAAAGCGAAGACUCGCGUAAUCCGCGUAUAUGGAAUGUUGAUCAAAGAUGUAGUAAAUGUACACAGACCAAACUAAUGACUCGGCAAAAGUAUACCCCCUCCCCCCCCUUGAAGGAUACCUGUCGCGCCAAUACCGACCAAAGACUCUAUACCAAGCAUUUCGUUGCAUUACUGUCGAGCGCCGAGGCCCAGGACGGAAACUCUGAAAGAUUGAACCACGCCGCGCCAACACUGUGUGUCCACGCCAACAUUAUCAUAAGACCAAUAAUAUUCAUCACAAUACCAGCUC